AUGAUUGCGGGAGUCGGAUGUGAGUAUGGAGCGAUGAGCAGCCGGUGUGAGAGGUGAUCCAUCACGGUCAGUAAUUUUUCUAUCUUGAACAGUGGUUUGCUGCGGAGUGGUGGGAUAAAUACCAUCAUAUAGCGAUUGCCAUACCACCAGAGCACCGGAAUUUGAAUGUCCAUUGGAUAUGUAUGGAGGAUAUUCCCUCCUCUAGUGCCUAUAUUUAUACUAUUCAAGACUGCAUCAUCACGGGCACUAAAGAAUUAACCCCACACCGGCUUCGCCCUCACAUGCCGUUUUAAAUCAGAUAUCUCAUAACUGAUUCCAACAAGUACUUUUUCUACCAUCAAAUUGAGCACUUGAAUGGUUACCUAUACUACAGCCGCGACGAUUGUCGCUCUCCUCAUCCUAUGAACACUCAAUUACGGAUUUAUCCAGUUGGUUGCAAUCCACAUACAUUGGAGGUCUUGAUCUAUAGCGUGCACGCAGUUUCUUACAUUGUGUUGUAUUGUAUUACACAUGCAAAAUAGGAUAAAUGGGAUCCCCACCCCCUAAGCAGCGCUGCUUAUUUUAAUUGAUUUUAGACAUUUGGCAUGGUGACAAUAAAUAUUGCUUUUUAAGAUAAUCUGUAUGGUCCUGGAUAUUUUGUACUGUGUAUUUGUAUUUGCAUAUAGAGGUUAAGUCCCAUAUGGUUGUGGGGAAAUUUAUCAAUAAUAAGUAAAUGUGGACACCUCUUCUUAUGCGGGCCUCAAUUGGCUACUACUAAUUGUGUGCACCUUGCUUGGGUCAUAUGGAUACUUAGCCCUUUAAUUAGUUAUUGCCUGUAGCUGGGCAGUGGGUGUGGAUCAGAGAAGACAGACAUGGAGGCAGACACAUAGGAUAUUUUGUCAGAGUCAGGCUGACACCACAAGCAGGAGGAGCAGCAACCAGUAUACUGUAUAACAGGUCCCUGGUUCUAACCCUGGGAGUUCCUGGCAGCUAUAAUCACGGCUUGCUAUGUCAGAAUUGCUCUCAAGUUGAAGAAUGGGAAUCUGACCAGAUCAACUAAACCAUACAAGAUCUUAUUUAUAUUUGUGGUAUCUUGGUAUCUUUCUUUGCAUCCCCUAUCAUUUAUGGUAUGGAAUACAAUUUGAUGAAGAUAUAUUCCAUAAAACUACUCUGGAUAUACUGAUGGUCCUUACUACAAAAUUGAUCCUUUUCAAUUGUUGCUUCACCCCAUUGUUAUAUCUCUUCAUUGUUGAGAAUUUAAAAAAUGCCCUGCUGACUAUAAUGUCAUUUACUGAGAUGCCUGGAACAAAUGCAAGAGCACUAAAUGGCACAAACGGACUGGCUGGGCUCUGCAACUCUUGGCUGAAUACUGAAUGCAGUGCCCUGCAUCUCAACUUCUACAUUUCUACAAAAAAAAAGUUUGAAGUAAAACUAACUUUAGCAACAGUACAUCGGGAGGGCCCGAAUAGGAUGUGCAAUAUUAUCUCAGUGGGCGGUUAUGUGGUUUCAGUCACAUUUCCAUAAAUCGAUAACUCAGAGUUCUGUUUAUCUCACAACAGAAUGUAUAUCAAGCUCUAGUGCCAACUACAGAUGGGCAUUUGGGCUGGAUGAAGAAUAAGAUAUGUUAAAUGACCCUGAAGAACCAGAUAUGAAGCAUUCAUAGAAAACACUGAAGAGCACUGGGGUAACACAGGCAUCAUUCUGGGAGCUCCAGUCUAUUAUAAGCUCAACAUGUCUGGGGUGAGAGAACCAGAGUUGCGCAUGAACACAACUAGUGGAAUAACUUACACGUCAAUCCCAACAACCAAUAUAUUAGCUACAGUAAUCUUAGUAGUGACCUUUGUUUUUGGACUGGUUGUGAACUCCCUUUACCUCUGGGUCCUCAGAUUCAGGAUGCACAGGAGUAUCAACACCACUUGGUUCUUUCAUUUAAUUGUAUCCAAUGUUGUUUUUACAUUCACAAUCCCAUUCCUUGCAGCCUAUGUGCUAAUGCUUCCCCACUGGAUAUUAGGGAGCUUCCUAUGUAAAUUAAUUAAUUCUCUUGUAUCUGUAUGUAUGUAUGCAUCUGUUUUCUUUCUCACAAUAAUCAGCCUUGAUCGCUACGGUUUAGUCUUUCACCCAGUCUGGUACAGAGGACACAUGAAUAACCGCUAUGCAUCUGCCAUCUGUAUUUCCAUUUGGGGGUUGGCCAUUUUGUUUAGCUCCCCAUAUUUUGCAUUUCGCCAGACUCGCCUACUGGAGGACAAUAAAACCAUCAUUUGCUACAAUAAUUAUACAUUUUCUGGGUCAAACUGGCAAAAGUCAGCAAUACAACUGAACUGGAUGAUGUUCAUAAUUCAUCUAAUAUUGGGCUUCCUACUGCCGUUUGCUGUAAUGACUGUUUGCUAUGUCAGAAUUGCUCUCAGGAUGAAAAAAGGAAAUCUCGCCAGAUCAAGUAAACCUUACAAGAUCAUAUUUAUUACUGUGGGAUCUUUCUUUGUUUCCUAUUUCCCCUAUCAUUUAUGGUAUGGAAUGAGCAUCGAGGAGGACAGAUUCCAUAAAUCCACUCUGAAAAUACUGAUGGUUCUUACAGUAUCAUUGAUCUGUUUCAAUUGUUGCUUCACUCCAGUUCUUUACCUCCUCAUUGCUGAGAACUUCAAGAAAUCAUUAAGGAAGUCUUUACUGUUGCUUAUUGAGUCUGUCUUUAAUGAAACCUUCAACUCACUGGACAAACAUUUUGAAGACAAAUCAGAUGUUCCUUCCAAAUGAUAGAAAACAGACAGAAGCAAUAGAUGUGAAUGUAGACUUAUCAGCAUAAAACUGUGUAAAAUGACAACUAUGAUGAAAGAUAAGUUACUUAAUAGUAACUUUCCUGGUUCCAGAGUGACAUGGAACUGCAUCAGCUGCAAUGCUCCAAUUUCAAACUGAUUGAUUUCAAAUGCAUUUCACUUCAUUAUUUCAUGACACAUUUAUUUGAAGAGUUACUUAUUCUAUCCUGGUGUGCAUACUGUAUGUGUUAUCAGCUAGUUUUGCUGAAAGUAUUGUUAGUCCUCGUACAAAAUCAAUGUAUCUACAUCAGUAUAUAUCGGCCAUAGGUUACCAAAUUGGAGGCUGCCCUAUCUCAAUGGGCUAUAAAUAGUGGAUGUCCCAAAGGCCAGUUGAGUGGGAUUUGGUGCUGACACUUAGAACGGAUGGCUUUACCAAAAGCACCAUACUGUAGCAUUAUACAUUUUAAAAAGUGACUGUACCUGCAAAAAUUCUGUGUGCUCUAUGUAGGGUAUGCUUUAGACUGAGUCAUAAAGUUAUUAUACAGAUCAGGAAAUGUGUAUUGUACAGUAUAUUUAUGGUUUGUUUUCUGAGGAGUUUGUAUGUGGAUUUAUAUAAUGUCCUUUGAUUUUUAUUUUUACUUUAUUGUUUAUAUAAUAUAAUAGUGGGGGUAGCUUAGGAGCAUUUACAUAAUUUCAAAAAACAACAUUGGAUAUUACAUAUUAUAAAGUAUGAAACAAUUUAGCUAGAGGGGCUUAAAAGUCAUUGGUCAUGGUGUGUGUGUAACAAACAGACUUUAUUUAUAAGGCUCAUGUGUUUUCUCUGCAAGCAGGCAGCUCACACAGGAAAACACUCAUUCUGACUAAUACUAAGAACCCCCAGCUCUGUCAGUAGGGAUUUCUACUUCUAUUUGUAUAAAUAAACAGCACUUUUGUUUUAUUUUUUAUUUCAUUGGUUAAUAGAAUGAUCAGCAGAAACUUUAAUAAUUAUAUUUAGAAGUUUCUUCAUUUCAAUAAGAUGAAGUUUAUAUUAUAAUUUCAUUUUGCUAUAGGAUUAAAGUGUACAGGGAGUAGUAGUCCAGCAAAAAAAAAUUUACAUUUCACUAUCCCCUUCUCAGCAUCUCUUGCUCUCUGUCGGUUAUUCUAAAAGACAGUUAUCUUAAAUACAUCAGUGUGCCGAGUCAGUGUAUUCAAGCCAACUGUUAAUUAAAAUAUGACGAGUGAAGCGUGUAAGAGGGGUAGGAUGAUGGCACUAUUAUGAAUGUUAUGUAUGGUUCUCUGCUGUGAUUAUAUACAUAUGUAAAGCAAUAAUUAUUUUUUGUUAACAGUUUUGUGGUUUUAGGCCACUAGGUGGCAGUAGCAUCAAAGGGGAUGGCACAGAGUGUAAUGUACACUCCUGCCGCUAGGGAGAGUUAGGAGGAUAUGUAAAGAGGAACCACACCCAGUUCAGGCUCUAGACCUGAAUGAAUGAUAGCAGGAAGUUACAUCAUACAAAGUAGUAGGACAAGACAGACAUUGAAUCAGUAGAGCAAUUACUAGGUGUUUGAGUUAGUCAGGCUAUUUAGGACUGGUAGCCUGAAACCCCAAUGAGGAAGCAGAUGGCUUAGAGAUGACAUACCAUAGGAAGGAACCACAUUGAUAGAGUAAGACUAGCAAAGGGAAUUUUGGCAAGGCUCAUCAUGGAAAAAGCUCUGCCUGGAGAAGGACAGAGAGGUAUUGGAAGAUAGCUGGACUGUUGGGGAGAGACAGACGGGGUGAGAGAGCUCCCAAGAAGGAAGGGAAUUUUAAUUUAGUGACCGGUCAUAAUCUAUGACCUUUUAGGAUUGGAACAUGCUAAUGUGUGAGCCUUCAUGCGUAAUGUCAGAUGUAUGGACCAUUUCUGAAUGUGAGCAGUUGUGGUUAAGUUGGAAAUAAACAUUGUCAACAGGAUUCAACUGUGUGGGUGCGAUUGAAUCGAUUAACGAAUAAUGGUAACCUUCUUAAUAUUAUUACAAACGUAACUUGUAAAAUGUAAAAUGUAAAACAUUCACAAAAUGCAUUGCAAAAUGCUUUAGCGUCAAUAGGACAGCAAAAUGACAUUGCAGCAAUUUUUUCACUCAG